CUUAGAAUCUUUCAAUAUGAAAUCAGCAGAGAGAGGAUUAGCUUGUAGCCCAAAGCAACCCUUGUAAAGUGUUUGCCGGAACCAGAAACAAAGUUACACCCAAAAACCCACUGAAGACAAUAUUCAUGGUUGGGUCCAUAUAGUGGGAGGCAUGCACUAUAUCAAUGAAUACUGUCCUUACAAUCACGCCACUCUGUUAGGAGAUGUUGUGUGCACAUUCAACAUUCCUAAUCCCAUUGAUGCAUGCAGCUAUAUGUAUGCAGAUCAAGUACUGUAUAUAGCUGCAAGUGGAAAGGGCUCUAGCUUGUAUUCGAACCAACUCCCUUUUCCUCAAUCUAUAAUGACCCACCUACCACAACUUCCAGUGUUUUUCGAUGCCUACAACAAGAAGUUUGGCUCUGACGGAUCCCACGAGGCACUGGACUGGAAGGAAUGCACUGAGAGAGUUGAAGAGUUCAAGAGACAGUUCAUACAUCGGAAUAUCAUUGACACUGAGAUCGAUGAUAUGUCGUAUCCUUUUUUACACUGCUGACUACUUGGUAGAGCCCUCUCUAGAACACAGAGUGCUCUGCCUUGCUC